AUGGCUCUGAGGCUCAGCAGGCUGGUGCCACGUCGCCAAUGGACUCGCAAUGGCCUGGACUGUCGUUCUUUCAGUACCACAAAAGUCACUUUAUCCGGUCACAACAAAUGGUCCACGAUCAAGCAUGACAAGGCCAGGAAUGACAAGGCCAAGAGCAGAGAGCGCCAGAUGAUGAGCAAAGAGAUUGCCAGUGCCACACAGAUGUGGGGACCCGACAUAAAGUACAAUCCCCGUCUAGCACUCGCACUAUCGAACGCAAAGCGGGCCUCAACCCCCAAAAUCAUCAUCGAAGCCGCAAUUGCCCGAGGCCAAGGCCUCAGCAUAUCAGGCCAAGCAUUGGAAUCCCUAACGAUCGAAGCCAUGCUACCGGGCAAUGUAGCCGCUGUGGUGGAAUGUCAGACGGAUCAAAAGGCGCGCGUGCUACAAGACGUCCGCUAUCUCAUUAAAGAUAAUGGAGGGAUCGUGACUCCAACUACAUUCCUGUUCGAGCGGAAGGGAAGGGUCGUCAUGGAGAAAAAGGAAAACACCAAUUCGGACGACUACUUAGAUCAGGCUAUCGAAGCCGGAGCUGCGGAUAUCACUACAGAUGACAAGGGCCGUCUUGUGAUCUUGACGGAUCCUUCAGAGACGAAGACUGUCGGUGAGACAUUUGCGAAACUUUCCGGUCUUGCAAUUGAAGAGUUGGAGAUAUUUUGGGAUCCGAAUCGGGAUUCUAUGGUUGAGGUGCAGGAUGAAGAGCAAGCGAAAGCACUGGAGGAUCUUCUGAGUGCUUUGCGGGAAGAGCCCAGUGUUCAGGAUAUAUACAUGAACUCAGUGGAAAAGUUAUAG